ACACACACACACUGUUCUACAACCCUACCGAGGCUGUCUGACAGAGUGAGCAAGCGAGCGUGUGCGUCUGCAUGUGUGUGUGUGUGUGUGUGUGUGUGAGACACUAGAGAGGCAGCCGAGAUGAGAGUGUGAAGCAGUGAGAGGGAAAACCUAGAAGAAAAAAAAAAGGAAACAGCAAAGGCGAUCAGAAAGAAGGGGGGAGGGAUGGAGAGAGGGAGGGAGUCAGCAAACACAGCAAAAAGGCAGAGCAGAGGAGAAGAAAGGGAAGAGAGAGAGAGAAGGGAAGAGAGGGAGAUAAAGGGGUGAUGUGAAUGCACUGUCUCUGAGAGUACCAAAGUCAAGAGAUGCAAUGACUAGAUGACCAUCCACUCCACAUACCAGCAUCCUGUCCUGGAGCCUUGACAGGAGGAGGAAACGAAAAAGAAAACAGGGAAACAACAAUCCACACACACUCAAAGGUAAACACUCUUCAACCCCACAUCAGCGGAUCAUGUCUUCUACGGGGUCAACCAACCACAACAAGCGUCUGGCAUCUGAAACAGACAACUCUCAUAAGGUGCGUGAAAAGGAUUCUGCUCAGCACCUUAAGCUGAAGGACAGACAACGGUUCUUCGAAGACGUCUACCAAAAAGACUUGGACAAUUAUUUACCUUCUGCACACUUGCAGAUCGACUGCAGGAAACCCCCUAUGGGUAGUAUCUCAUCUAUGGAGGUGAACGUGGACGUUCUGGAGCAGAUGGACUUGAUGGACAUAUCGGAUCAGGAAGCCCUCGAUGUGUUUCUCAACUCAGGUUCGGGAGCAGACGCGGGAGCGCUGACGUCUCCUCUACCAGAUGGUGAGGACGAGGAUGAAGAUGAGGAGGACGAAGAUGCAGAGGUUGUCUACAGGGAGCGUGCAUCUUUGAAACGGCAACAUGAAGUUUACCGUGGCUCACAGUCCCGCAUUUUGUCUACAUCGUCUGGUUCCAGCGACACCAGCGUGGGCGGAGUUGACACGCCUGUGAUCCAGUCAGAUGAUGAGGAAGUUCAUGCCGACACUCUGCUUCUGACCUCUGUUCCCCAAAACAGGGAUGAAGAAACAGAAGAGGAAGACGACGAGGAGAGAUGCCUUCCAACUAGUCAUAGCAAAGACUGACUUUUGCAGCCUCUAGAGCUUGAAACCUCUCUCUGUCUCCACAUUCCUUUGAUAACAUCCAUAUGGGUUGAAACCUCAGCAUGGUUCACCUGGCUGUAACAUGCUAUGUCUUUUCAGUGUUUUCAUGAUAACUUUGGAUAUUUCUUCAAAUGUUAAAAUACAUCAGUGUUUAUUUUUCUGACUGUGCCACACUCUGUUUUUUUUUUUUGCGGAGGUCUCACAAGACGUAAAAUAUAUAUUAUGUGAGUCAUUCCACUCUCCUGCGCUAACAGGUUCUAACUGACAUGGCACAGAUACACUUCAAGAGUUAUUCCUUUCACUGCCAGACAGAAACCUGCAUCCUGCCAAUUUUGUCUUGAAAACACAGGUUCCUUCUUCAAAGCCAAAGAAAGAGCAAAAACGAAAGGAAGUUAUUCUCACCGUACAAAGUAAAUGGCUUCAAGGCAACCACAAAAAACUGAAUAUUUUGAACUUAUAUGAUAUUAUACCUCAUUUCUAAGUAUCUUGAAUUUUCCUCAUGUUGUUUGUUGGUCUUCAUGUUACAGUAGAUAGGAGUUCUCAUGAAAACUCCUUUAGGGUGUGGGUCACGUCAAACUGUAGUCUGUUGUUCUGGUAUUUCUUUGUCUGCAGUCUUAAAAUGCCUUUGUGGGGAACAUUAAAAACACUAAAGCUUAAAACAGACAGCUUUAAGCUUCAAGGCCAAUCUGACAGGACAGAGUUUCAAAAUGCAAAGGCCGCGCAUCUUCUCCUUUCUAAAGAUCGAUGUGUUACACAAAUGAAUCCUAGAGAGUAAAUCCCCCCAACACCUUUCUUUGAAUUCUUAGGAACUCUCGUUGUGUGCAUGCGGAAACAAUGUACAGCAUACUGAAUGGAACUGUAUUUGCAAAUGCAUGCCAUUCUGUUCUUGUUAGUGACUACUUAAGAUGGUUUCAAUAUUUCGACUGCUGCGAUACGAACCUGACCUAAAUAGUCCUCCACUUGAGUCGGAAAUCGACUGUUGGAUAAUUUUGGUCACGUGGACAAUAAGCAACUCAGCUGGCAGGUUUAUAUGUUUCUGUAAUUUGUGUUUCUGUUUGUGGAGUUGUGAUAAGGGCGUGGAUGUUCGAGAACGCACGUAGCCCCCAGAUCCAACGGCUUCUCUCAAGACAACCUUAUUACUUUUAAUAUCAUGAUGUGUAUUUCUUCCUAUGAAGAAAGAUAAAUGAAUAAAGCAGAGGGUUAAGCUGUCGAA